AUGGCAUUUGAUCCAUCGGUUAACGCCGGGCCUCCUCUCGACGAGAUUCAAUGGCACACUCCUCCUCAGUUCGAAGCAGGCAUCCACUCAAACAGCAUCCUCUACUACUUCGCUCAAUCGCCAUUCUAUGACAAGACCUCCAACAAUGAGGUCGUUUUCCAACAGGGUCUCAACAACCAGGCCAUGUCCCAAUAUCUCGCCACCCGGGAGCUAUUCGAGAGUCGACUGAGGGAAAUGUCUGGGCUGGAGUUCAUUGUUGCUCAGGAACCCGCUGAGACAGGUCCGGGGAUGGGUACAGGUGUGUGGGUGAUCAACAAGCAGACGAGGAGGAAGCGCCCACCGACGAACCCCGCGAGACCUGAGGAUGGCCCGCCCGACGAGAUCAUCGUUCAUUCGGUCUACUUUGUGGUGGGCGAGAACAUCUACAUGGCACCCACACUGGCAGAUGUUCUUAGCUCCCGAAUCGGAGCAAUCGCCACCGCCAUCACCAAGACCAUCCCCCUAGUAGACGAAGUAUCCGACUGGGCUCCCGCCGUCGGUCGCCGCUACAUCACUCCCGCCCAACCAUCCGCUGGCGCUGGUGCGGCUAGCGGUACAACCAACUAUACCGCCUCGCGAACCGCCACUCCUCUCCCCGACGGUCUUCCCAGUACGGCAACUACCAACAAACCCGGCGCCAAGGCCGGCGGCGGAACCACCACAAACGACCCCCUCCUCGACUCCCUCCUUAUGGAAGAAGCCCUCCUCACCCACGAACGCUACGGCACCGAAUACAUGGACGAGAACCCCAUCACCGGCAAGCCGGGCGACUUCCACCUGACCUCGACCGGCCGCAAGACGCAAACCAAGAGCGCGUUGACCCUUAAGGAGGCGGCGGCCGCGCUGCCGGCUUUGAACACGAAGGGCUUGGGAGCCGCGGGAAGUAAUCCACUUGCUAAAGGAGCGGCGGCGGCGGCGGCUGCGAAUGCGAAUGCCGUGACGGGUAAGGAGACCAAGAGCCCGAAGACGCCGGGUGGCGGUGGACCGCCGAAGCCGAAGAGGAGGAAGAGUAAAAAUGUCAUUACUACCCCCGGUGCGGCUUAGAAGGAGCACGGGGGAGAUAAAGCAC